AUGGAGUCCAACUCAGCACGCAGCUCUAGAUGCCUCCAGGCCAUACGGAGCAGAAGUGGCACCAAAGCCAAUGUCAUUCUUCUGGUUGGCAGACUAGGCGCCGGGAAAUCCACAUUGACCGAGCUUAUCACGGGAGCCGAGGGGCUGUCAAAUGGCGGAAUCCACUCAUCGACCGAUCUGUGUCAAAUCUUCGAUACGACUAUCAACAAGGAAGAGUACUUUAUCGUUGAUACACCUGGCUUCGAGCCUAACAACAAAGGGGAAAUAUUCCUUCAAGUUACGGAGAUGUUACAACAGCUACAACCAAACUCCAUUUUCGGUAUCUGGUACUUGGUCAAUAACUAUACCAGACAAGACGGGUUUGACAGAGAGAUGGUAGCCUGGUUGACGGCUUUUUGCGGUCAGUCAUUCUGCCCAAACGUGACAAUCGUGACCACCUUUUGGAUAGGGAAUGGUGCUAUGCUAAGGCAUCAGAAUGAUAAACUCCAGCAGCGACUGAAUGAGGAAUGGGCCCAACUACGGUCAUGGGGAGCUCAACACUAUGCCUUUGGGAGGAAUUAUGUCGAUGACGUUCCUCAGGAGAGUAGUAUUUCUCUGUUCGAGCCAACUCAAAAAGAGGAGCUAGAGCAGCAAGCCAAAAGCAUGGUUACACGUUACUGUCAUAAAGAAUCGACAAUAUACCCUCAGAUACUUCGGGAGCUCGGCGAGCCACGACCAUUGCACGGUACCAGUGCUGGCAGGAUAUUCCUCCCUCCAAGUCAACAGGCACCGAGAAGUGCUUCGGCCCAGGAUACGGCUGCAUCAAGUAGUGCCUCAGAUGCUGAGCCACAUGUACCACGACAAGAAAAGGAAGAACCUUCAUGGUGGUCCUUCACCAUAGAGGCAUUGCGACCUGUAUUCGUGAAAGGAUCGAAUCUGGCAGUGGAUGCAGCUAUAGGAUAUUUUACAAGGAGUUCCGUGGUUCAUGGUGGCCCUGGAGGCUCCAAUCUCGAUCCACUUUCUUCACGUGAUACAGCCGUGAAGUAUGGUCGUUCCGGCGACUUCGAUUCCCGAGCAGGAUACUAUAAUUCAUGGGGUAUGAACUCCCAGUACGGGGAAUUCAAAGGUACGGCAGAGCAAGGUGAUGCUCUUCGCAGAGAGAUGCACAAGAGAUGGGGCUAA